ACCAUCAACCCUAACCCCGCAACGUCGGUCUGCAUGAACCGCCCCACCUACGGUCCGCGGGGUAAGAACCCUGAAGGACCAACUUGCGCAUGGACGAGAACCCCCGCCGUGCCUGCCGACAACUACCGUGGCACCGCCAAUUGCUUUUGUUCCUCUUUCUCUUUCAUCUCGGCUUCCGAUCAUUUGGGUCGCCAAGCCGCAUGGAGUGUUACCCGCUAAUAGCAUCCAUCCGAACCUUGGGCCGAACGUUAAGGGUUAUUGUGCCCAUUGUUGACACCAGAACGAGGGCGUCACGAUGGGAUUGGAGUAGCUAAGUGCAGCGAAGCUACAACGCAGGCGCAGCUUGCAUCAAGCCAUCACUACCUACCUU